AUGUCUGAUGAGUUAAAAAGAAAAAAUUGUCAACAUUCUGACGAUGAAGCUGAAGCAUUAUCCUAUGACCCGAUGAUUUUGUCUCAAGAGGAACGCAAGAGUGAUAUUUUAGAGAAAUCCUUUAAAAAAUCUUGCAUAAAAGAAAAAUCAUCUCGUCAAAUUGAAAAAACUUUUGACAAAGUUCAAAAUAUCGAUAGAAAACUAUCGCCUGACGAUUUUGAAAAGGAACUUCUUAAUCAUUCAAAAAAGGCUAUUUCACAUAAGUUGGAAUAUAUUGAUAAAAAAAUUAAAGAAUUUGUAGAGAAUGUCUAA